AUGUUACAGAGUAUUUCGAUAUCAGAUUUCAAAUACUUUACUCAAUCAAUAUUGAACUCUUUAUAAUCAUAAGGUGUUAUAAGAUCAAUUAAUUUAAAUUCAGGAGUCAACUCUUCAGCAAUCAAAUAUAGUGAAUCUCAAAGAUUAUAUUCUGAAGACAAAUUAGAAUUACAAUGCAUAUAUAUAAUUGAUAAUUAAAAUCCAGUUUCUGUUAGUAAUGAGAAUUCAAAAUAACGUUCAUAUUCAAUGCUAUCUAAUCGUUCAAAAAUUACUAGAUAAUUGUCAAACAAUCAAUCAAUUGUUGAUACUGUAAAUAAGAAAAGAGUCUCAGAAACUAAAGAAAAUAAUUUUUUUCAGUCAACUUUCGUAAGUCUCAGAUUUCAGUUGAAAAAAUAACUCUAAAGAACAACACACCCUAAUUAAUUUAUAAAAUAAAGUCAUAAAUUUGAUGGAAGAGAAUCAAAAAAUUAAUACUUAUCAAUGUAUAAAUGAUGUAUUAUUGUAAUCAUUAUAAAGAGAAAUAAAAUCAUUCUAAUAAACUGAAAAGCAAUAUAAAAAAAUAAAUUACCAACAAUUUUUGUAAAUUUUGGAAUUGUAAUAAAUACUCAAUGAAAGAGAAAAAAUUGAAAUUUGAAUAGAAUUCGAUUAUUAAUUAGUAAUUAAUUGAGUCUCAAUCAAUUUGUAUAAUUAGCAUAAAAAUUUUUGUUAAAAUGUUUAUAAUUAGAGAGAAUACAAGUUAGUGAAAGAGUUUGGUUAGAUAAAAUUAAUAUAAUGUUGGAAGAGAAUGAAAAUUUAAAUCAUAUAUAACAUUAACGAUGUAAUGAGUAAAGAUAAUUGUAGCAAUAAUACGAAUAGCAAAAUGAUAUCAUUAUCAUAUUAGAAUAAGAAAUAGUCUUAUUACAAUAAUAAAAUAAAGAAUAGAAUUUCAGUAUACAGUAAAAUGAUUGGAGGGAAUAAAUUUAUAUAUAAAAGUAAAAUAAGUAUUUAUAUAACAAAAAAGAAUUAGGAAUAAAUUAAAAUAAUGGGAGAUGUAAAUAAAUAAUUUGAAUAGGAAAGUAAAAAAUUAAUUGAAUUGUUAUAAUAGAAAUGGAGAGAUGAAGUAAUCUUAUUCAAAUAAAUUGAAUUUAGAAAUUAAAUAUUAAGUAUAGAUAAUUAAUGA